AAAUACAAAUUUUGUACACGUUUCAGUUUUAAUUCACUACUAACUGUGUAACAUACUAUCAUAUAAAGUUGGAUUACUUGUUGAGUGCAUUUUCUUGUUGGAUUAAAAAAUAAUUUAAAAGGUUAAAAUGGAAGGCAAAACAGUACUCAUUACCGGCGCAAACAGCGGAAUUGGCAAGGAGACCGCAAGAGAAAUGGCCAGACAAGGAGCUCGUGUGAUUAUGGCCUGCCGUAACCAAGAAACUGCCAAUGCAGCUAGAGAGGAAAUCGUCAAAGAAACCGGCAACAACAAUGUAAUCAUCAAGAAAAUCGAUUUGGGUUCACAAAGAUCAGUUCGUGAAUUUGCAGCAGACAUCCUAAAAACAGAAAAUAAGCUUGAUGUGUUGAUCCACAACGCCGGUAUGGCUCUUGCAUUCCGUGGAGCCACCAGUGAAGAUGGUAUUGAGUUAACUAUGGCCACAAACCACUACGGACCAUUCCUUCUCACUCAUCUUCUAAUCGAUCUCCUGAAGCGUAGCACUCCGGCAAGGAUUGUUAUUGUUGCUUCAGAACUUUAUCGCUUAGCUUCCGUUAAUUUAAAUAAACUUAAUCCGAUUGGAACAUUCCCAGCUGCGUAUUUGUACUACGUAUCAAAAUAUGCAAAUAUUUACUUCGCACGCGAAUUGGCACAACGAUUGGAAGGCAGUGGAAUCACUGUGAACUUCCUCCAUCCUGGAAUGAUCGAUUCAGGAAUCUGGAGGAAUGUUCCUUUCCCAUUGAAUUAUCCAAUGUUGGCUGUUACGAAAUGCUUCUUUAAGACACCCAAACAAGGAGCAGAAACUACAAUUUACUUGGCUUCAUCGAAGGACGUCGAAGGCGUUUCAGGGAAAUAUUUUAUGGAUAAGAAGGAACAUGGCUUAUCUGCUGCCGCCAUGGAUAUGGAUAAGGCUAAGAAAAUAUGGGAAGAGUCAGCAAAAAUUGUUGGUUUAACAGCCAGUGACCCAAAGAUCUAGGGAGUUAAUUGUAAGUUUAUUAAAUUGUCAGUUUUAGGUUUUUUUAUAUGAAUAAAUAGGUGGGUAAAGAGAA